GCUGACGGGUGCUCUUGCUGGCAAUUGAGCGUGUUCUGACUGAAUACGUGCUCUACAUACCUUUAUCCCUAAAGCCUGUCGCGUAACAAACCCAAGCUAAACAAACCCCCAAAUGGACACGUCGCAAGAAACCGUUGGCAACGUCCAGCGUUUCACAGAGAAGCGCGAAAAAGUGGAGGAUUUCUAUGAGAAAAAUCAACCCAGCGACCCUGAUUUUCGCGAGUACAACAGACGAAUCGAGUCUACACUAAAAGACCUCCAAGACCAAGUCAAACGCCAAGAAAAUGACUUGCAAAAGCUCCGCGAGGUCAACUCAAUUGAUCUCUCCAAAAUGGGCCACGACCCUUGGGCUCGCGUAUCUCAAGUGCGCCGAGCCAAGGAAGCCUAUAACUCUCUCCUGAAAUCACGGACAGACCUGCCGCAUCCUGGGUCUCCGCUGCCCGCUCUCCUGGCUAUAGGCGAAACGUCUCGGCUGAUCAACGAAACUAAAGUGUCGGUUUCAAUGACAGCGGAGAAGAUUUCGUCAGACCGUCAGCGUCUGAAGGUUGAGGAGUCGAAUCUUCGCGACGCUCAAGCCAUCAGAGAUGGGUUGGAAAAACGCCUAGAGAAGAUCCGGAACGAGAAAUCGCAAAAGCAGAAAAGGACGCCUUCUCAACUCGCGCAGGAAUUCCUGGACGAGCAACAACAGAAAACAGAAAAGCUUGGCAGUGAAACCGAGGAACUGAAAGUUUCUCUCCAUGGCUUUAUCGAUGAACAUCUCGCUCCGAUGCUCGCUGCCGAGAACCUCGGCGGCCCAACCACAGGAGAUACAAUGGGCAUUUCAGAUGACACACUAGAAAGAGGCUAUACGAACCAUGGAAAGCCAAAGAAGCCCAGACCCGUGGAGACAACAGAAGGGGACGGCACUCAGCGCCGGAUUGAUGAAAUGGUUCGUUCAGCGGGGCAAGGGGGUACCGAGCGACGAAACACUUCCAAUAAGAGAGAGACGGCAGCCGCUGAAAUGAAUGGCCUCCUCGAUGCUCUACUGGACGCAGGUUCUUCCUACAUAGACCUUCCCCGAGAAUCAGCUGCGUCUAGGUUUUUGGUCCGAGCCAAAGUUGCGCAAUUCCAUCCACGCGAUGCCAGGAAGCUAAGGUUGAUUGAUUUUGGGCGUUCAUUAGACGACUAAUGGCCAAUUCAUUAGCUUCAUAAUUAACGGGGGCUAUGUGCAUGCCAAAGUGCAAGUACUACAAAAUUCCUUGGAAC